AUCAAUAAAUGACGCCACUUCCUCCUGAUGCUGAACACGGGGAGCUCAUUUAUUAGCAUCAAAAAUGAGUUUAUUUUUGCCAAAAUUAACUUCCAAAAAAGACAUAGAUGAAGUUAUCAAAUGCGUAGCGGAAAAGGUCGUAGUUCUGAGGUUUGGGAGGGACGAAGACUCAGUUUGUCUCCAUCUGGAUGAGAUUCUGUCAAAAACUGCUCAUGACCUGAGUAACAUGGCGUCAAUCUACAUUGUGGAUGUGGACAAAGCUCCCAUUUACACCAGAUACUUUGACAUCAGCUACAUCCCCUCAACAGUUUUCUUCUUUAAUGGACAGCACAUGAAGGUGGACUAUGGCUCUCCAGAUCACACCAAGUUUGUUGGCAGCUUCAAAACUAAGCAAGACUUCAUCGAUCUGAUUGAGGUGAUUUACAGAGGAGCCAUGCGAGGGAAAAUGAUUGUCCAGAGUCCCAUAGACCCUCACAAUAUUCCCAAAUAUGAUCUUCUCUACCAUGGGAUUUAGAAUAAAUACAUUUAUCAGUGUGGACCUUAAAAUGAAAUGAUCAUGCUGUGGCAAGCACCAUGACAGAUGAAUUGAUAAGACUUACAGCUUUCAGUUACUGUGACCCUUUAUGACCAAAUGCAACAUGGACUGUGCUUAUCAUAUAUAGCUGGGAUAUAUUGACAAAAAAAGCAUAUUUCAAGUCAUGUAUAUCAGUUUGUUUCAAAUUGCAUAUGUGACAUCAAAAGUAUACCUUCUGUGUGUUUUUUUUUUUUACAAGUUGGAAACUUUAAACAAGUACAUUUACAAUUGUUUGAUGAAGAAAGAAAUGCAUUAAGCCACACCAAAGGAAGGUACACAAUUUUUAAUGUAUGCUUAUACUAAGCAGAUAAGCUAAAUUACUUUUCUUCACAAGAAGAAACCAUGUGGUGCUUCCCGGUGUUCAAAAGUAUCACAGGGAUUUGAAAAGAUGAGUAUCUAUAAAUUUUAAGUAUAAUUUUACAGACGCAUACAAUUUGUCAAAUUAUUCGAAUGUGCAUCUAUGACCAACUGCUGCAAAUUUUUAGUAGUGUACAAAUUAUUUAUUUUUCUCCUUUUGUAUUUUUGCAGUUUUCUCCAUCUUUUUCUAUGUCAGACAUUUGACAGAUAUAUCUCUUGAUAAAUGUGGUCUAGCAGUUGUAUUGGUUAUCUUUUUCAUUUGAGAAAAAAAAAAAAAAAAAAAUCCAAAAUCAGUUUAAUGUUUCCCAUGGAAAACUGCUACAGUUCAGCUGAGACAUUUCCCUUAUUUACCGGUAUAUAAUGUACAUGCUCUGAAGCUUCAAUAAACUUUGAACCAUAAAACUUUUUCUUAGCUGUUGUGGGUUUUAUGCCUUGUUGUUGGCUGGGGUGUGUGGAAUUUCAAAGCUCUGCUUUUGGCUUACCAAACAAUUACCCAAACAGCUCCUGCCUUCCUUCACUACUUGAUCCAGAGCUACAGUCCUUCUCGACAGCUCCGCUCAGCCAGUGAAAGACGCCUGGUGCUUCCACCAAAACGUGGCGUGAAAUAACAUUGUGCAAACACAAUGUUAUUAAUUUAUAUCUAAUAUAUGUAUUUGUCAUAAUCAAAGUUUAGAAUAGACUGCAGUACCCAGACAUUCACCAGCCUGUGUACUGCAGUCUGCCACAUUGUUCAUGCAAAAAAAAUACAGACAAAAAGGGUUCACAAAUGGUUGACUUGAGCCGAAAUGACAUGAGUAGGAAGAGUGUUUGUGCAUUGCCUUUGUACAUUUGUUCCAAUAAAGAAGUUUAAACU